AUGUCGAUCUUCCUGCAAAACUACGCGCAGAUUCUGCAGGGCGCGCGGGUGAAGCCCAUCCAGCCGGUGCUGACGGGCGGCAUGGUGCUGGCGGAGACGGAGGGGUUCGCGGUGACGCUGAGCUAUCUGCAGUUGAUCAUUAUCGUGCUCACCGUGGUGCUCAUGGUGGCGUUCUCGUUCCUGAUCGGCAAAACCAAGCUGGGGCGGGCGCAACGGGCGUGCGAGCAGGACCGCGCCAUGGCGGCGCUGGUCGGCGUCAACGUCGACAAGACCAUCGCCCUGACGUUCGUCAUGGGGGCGGCCUUGGCGGCGGUGGCGGGCGUGAUGGUGACGCUGUACUGGGGCGUGAUCGAUUUCUUCAUCGGCUUCCUGGCCGGUCUCAAGGCGUUUACCGCGGCAGUGCUCGGUGGCAUCGGCUCGCUGCCCGGCGCCAUGCUGGGCGGAAUCCUCAUCGGCCUCAUCGAGGCGUUCUGGUCGAGCUAUUUCAGCGUCGAGUACAAGGACGUGGCGUCGUUCUCGAUCCUCGUGCUCGUGCUCAUUUUCAUGCCCUACGGCCUGCUCGGCCGGCCCGAGAUCGAAAAGGUCUGA